CCCGCAGCGGACAGUAGCGCCGGGGCUGGCCGUCACGGGGCACGCGCAGCCACGUCUAGGCCGCUCUACCUGAUCCUGGAUGACAAUUUUUAUUACCAGAGCAUGAGAUACGAGGUGUACCAGCUGGCUCGCAAAUAUUCCUUGAGCUUCUGCCAGUUAUUUUUAGAGUGUCCACUUGAAUGCUGCUUGCAGAGAAAUCGUCUAAGAAGUCAUCCGUUACCUGACCAGACAAUUUAUUUAAUGGCAAGAAAAAUAGAAAUGCCAGAUCUCAAGAAAAACACUUGGGAACGGAACAGCCUCAUUCUGAAAAGUUUUGAUUGCACUUCAGAGGAUAAUGAGCAGAUUAUUAGUUUGCUGGCCACAGCUUUGGAAAAUCCAGUGAAGCAAAACGAGGAAAACACUGAGCAAAAGGAGGCAGAUCGAGCCAUCUGUGCAGCUAGUACUGUCCAUCAGGCUGAUCAGACAUGCAGACGAAUCAUCUCUCAGGCAAUGAAGGAUGCAAAAGAUAAAAAUGUACUCCCAAGCAAGAUGAAGAACCUGGCAGAAGAACUCAACAAACUCAAAGCAGAAUUUUUGGAGGACUUGCGGCAAGGAAGUAAUUUGAAAAGCCAAAUUUGCAUACAAAAUCAAUAUUCUGACCUUGCUACAAAUGCAAUUUCUUCAUUCCAACAUGAGGCAGCCAAUGUAGUUAAUAAAUAUAUUUUUAAAUAA